AUGAGAUCAUUCCCGAGUGGAUGCUGGACUUGCAAACUCAGACAUCGGAAAUGCGACCUUCAGAUCCCUGCGUGCAGGGAAUGCACAGACCGAUGCAUCCCGUGUCACGGCUACGGCUCCAAGCCUACGUGGAUGGACGGAUCAGCUGCCGAGCACGAAGAGCUUGAGCGAAUCAAAAGGGCUGUCAAACAGCAUGUUAAGAAGCUUCGAAGGGUUCAGCGGAAUCAGAACCUUGGAAGAGAUGUGCAGCCGGAGCGACGUGCCCAGAUUCAGACACCGCCAGCUCCAGAUGCGACUGAACUGUCAAGUCCGUCGCUAUCAGAGGAAGCGGUAGAUCGUGGCUAUGAUAGUUUUGAAUCGCCAAAAACGCUUGUAGAUGCUGGGAAUAGCCUCCCACUCACCCGAAGGUUAAUUCAAGAGGAAGAAGCUGCACAACCAGUCUCUCCAUCACAAGAUCCCAACCCCCCUUACGUCUUACCACCCAGGCUGGCAUCUCUAAUCAUGUACUAUCUCGAUCAUGUGUUCGUUUGGCAGUUCCCUUACUUCCAGCCCCGGUCCAGUUUAGGCAACAGAGGCUGGCUUCUCAUCUUUCUGAGCAACGGCGGCUCGCUGUCGCACGCUGCGCUUGCACUCUCCACCUUACAUCGAGAUGCAUCCCAGAAGAAGUGCUCCUAUAGCCAGGAAGCUUUUGAGUUUCACUCAAUGGCCUUGAGAGAGUUACGUAAACUCUCGCAGCACACUGAGACUGAGACGCUCCUCAGCGAUCGGACCAAGCUUGCCGAAUUUAUAGCAGCAAGUUUGACCCUGAUAAGUUUCGAGGUGUUCAAUGGAGCUGAGUAUGACUGGGUUCCGCAUCUCGACGCUGUGACGGCUGUCCUCGCAAUGCAUUCGCCGGACGCCCUGCUCCUGACUUCAUCGUCACCCAAAAGUACUUUGCCUUCUCCAAUCAAUACUUCACGUGAUGGUGAUCCUCAUCAAUCGCAAGCUGAUUUCAAUUUUCUCGUGGCUGAAGCCUUAUGGCAUGACAUCUUGGCAUGUGCCACGACAGGGCGAGUUCCACGAAUACCUUAUCGGCAAUGGCUGGAAGGGUCAAGUCUUGAAAUGGCUGAUUUGAUGGGCUGUUGCAACUGGGUCAUGAUUGCCAUUGGAGAUUUGGCACAUCUUCAAGCCUGGAAGAAGGACAUGAAGCAACAAGGGAGGUUAAGCGUGCCAGAGUUAGCGAGAAGGGGUCAAAGAAUAGAGAAGAGACUACAAGACGGCAUCACUGAACUAAAGCGAACUGCAAAUGCAGGGGCCAGUAUCCGAGGCAGUAUUCCACCGGCGCCAUGGGUCUCGCACAUUUUCGCACUUGCAUCACUAGUCUUGUCAAGUACAAUAGUCUCCGGUCCCUGGGCAUUACUCCCCGAAGUCAAAGACGCGAUUUCAGAGUCAAUCAUUGUGCUAAGUGACUGGCCCCAAGCCAUUCCUCUUCGGGGACUUGUCUGGCCACUCUAUAUCAUUGGGUGCCUGGCCGAGCCCAGUCUACAGGGCGUUUUUGAGUCACUUCUAUCUAGUGUCUUGGACGAGAGUGGAGGGUUUGGGAACAGUGGUACUGUCAUUAAGCUCUUAAAAUGCCGUUGGGCUGCACCGCCAAAUUGUAAUCAUGAUGGGCUGGAAUUGGUGUUCCAAACAGGAAGCAAUGUGUUGCUCACAUAG